AUGAAGCUCCUCUACCCCACGUCCAUCAAGCUCGACCUCGAGUCCCACCUGCGCGCCCAGCACCCGGACAUCGUCCUCGUCGCCUACGACCCCGCGGCGCUCAUCCCCGCCGAGCACCUCGACGCCACCGUCCUCGUCGCCUGGACCAACUCCGCCGCCAACCUCGCCCACGCCGCCGCGCACAUGCCCGCCCUGCGGUGGGUGCAGUCGCUCGCCGCCGGCCCCAACGACGUGCUCGCCGCCGGCUUCGACCGGUCCCGCGUGGCCGUCACCUCGGGCUCCGGCCUGCACAACGCGCCCGUCGCCGAGCACGCGCUCGGCCUGCUGCUCAACGCCGCGCGCCGCUUCUACGAGAUGCGCGACCACCAGGCGCGCCGCUCCUGGGCGGGCCACCUCCGCGGCGACCCCACCCUCCCCGGCUACAUGUUCUCGACGCUGCGCGGCGCCAACGUGGUCAUCUGGGGGUACGGCAACAUCGCCAAGACGCUGGCGCCGCACCUGACGGCGCUCGGCGCCACGGUGCGCGGCGUGGCCCGCUCACCGGGUGUGCGCGACGGCGUCGAGGUCUUCGCGGAGGAGAAGCUGCCGGAGCUGCUGCGCGCCGCGGACGCGCUGGUCAUGAUCCUGCCGGGGUCGGAGGCCACGCGCCACGCGCUCAACGCCGAGCGCAUCGCACACUUGAGCGAGAACGCCUGGGUGGUCAACGUCGGCCGCGGCACGUCGGUCGACGAGGCUGCGCUGGUGGACGCGCUCGAGAAGCGGAAGAUUGGCGGCGCGGCGCUCGACGUCUUCGAGGAGGAGCCCCUGCCGGCGUCGAGCAAGCUCUGGGACGCCCCCAACCUGAUCCUCUCGCCGCACGCGGCCGGCAACCGCCCGCUGGGCUCCGAGGUCCUCAUCGCGGAGAACCUCGAGCUCUUCCUGGAGGGCAAGACCAUGACGAACACGAUGCCGUGA